AUGAACAAUUCUAAUAGGUUAACGUUUAAAUUGACACUCGGCCGAGUUGAUGCAAACGAGCAGGUUGGAGAGCCGUUGGAUGGAGCGAUGAGCGCUGCCCCCACCCGGGGCCAAUCGCCCCGACGUCAGAGACGCCACCGACAUCGUCAUCGUCACCACCAGCAUCGACGCCGGCAUCAUCACCUGAAGAACAAUAAUAAUAAUAAUAAUAAUAACCACAAUAACAACCACCCGCACGACAACAACGACCACGACGGCGCAUUUCACGAACAGUGUCGGUACUCCUCAGACUGCCCGGAAACUCAAGUGGAUACUCUUGGUGUUGAAAAUUGUAAACAACCUUACGAGGAAGGUGAAACACGUCCGAAAGUAAAUCCGAUUUUUCUCUGGGCUUUGCAGCGAGAACAAAAAAUAGUUGAAGUACGCUGUGAAGAUUAUGAUAAGAGGAACAGAAUAAAACUUACUAAAACUCCUUUCGGGUGGAGGUCAAUACCAAGAACUUCUUCGAGUAUUUAUAAUUCUUGUCGAUGUUCUAGUGGAUCCAAUUACUCUGUCAAUAAAGAUAAGCCUGCGUCCUCUUCGCCUUCAAUCACUUCGAGCUGUGUACCCUGUUCGAUGUCGUUGAAAAGUUCGUCAUCCUCGCCCUCGUCUUACUCGGAGUCAACCUCAUUUUCCUCCAGGUCAUCAACGUCUUACAUGCCGAGUAAAAGUAAAGACACGUGUGUGGUUCCGGAAGUCAGAAGAAAAGAAUCUAAACGAUGUCUUGCUGUCAGAUCUCAUUAUCACGAUCGAGUUUCAGAUGACGAGAGUGACGCUACUCGAAGUUCGUGUAGAAACUCGAGGAUAAGUUUUGAUUUAUCCUACGACGAUCACAACCACGAAGAAGAAACUGACGAUCGAGAUGACGAUUACGAGGAACGUGAGAGGUUUGACGAUCACGAUGUUCAUGAUGGUGAUUACGAGUAUGAAGAUACACAGCAUGAGAAUUCGAAAUUUCUUACUCUUUCCUGUGGGAGAACAACACUUGGGUUAAUUGAUUUAGAAGAAGUGCAAAAAGAUUCGUUGCUUCAGCCGCGUGUUGUUUUGGAACCACUUAAUCCCGCAAGAUAUCGGUUUAGUAGUUUGAUUGAGAAUUCCAAGUUGAACGAUGACAUUGAGAUGGUGGUGGAGGAUGACGAAGUGGUAGACCAGCAGAUAGAAAGUGUUAAAGAUAUUAAUAAAGACAAUAAAAGUAAAAAUAGUACUGAGGGUGGUAAAAUUGAUGUUAAUUCUGUUUCUGUUUCUGUUUCGGUAGUGAGGGCUGAGGACACUGAGGAAGAAAUAGAAGAAAUAGAGGACGAUAUUAAAGAUAACGAGGAGCUUGAUGAUGAAAACGCUACGGUAUUUGAGUACGACGAUCGUGAUUCUGUGGAGAUGAUGGACGACGAAGAGCUUCACGAGCGCGAUGACGACGUACUUGGUCCGGAUGAUAAGCUUCCGGAGACUGGAUUUUACCAAGUUGCGAGAAAUGUUCCGACGAAUAAAGUACCAGAGACCUGUCUCGAAGACGACAUUGUUGAGGAAGAGAUCGACGAAGUGCAAGAGGAUGUUAAGAUUAUUAACCACAAACCACGAGUACCUGGAAGCAUUCCUCUGCCGGAUCUUAAGCCUAUUAAUGACUCUCUUGACAAGCCCCGUUUUCCUAAAACGUUGCAGAUAACUCGAACGUGCUCGCAACAAGUACCUCCGAGUCCUCCGUGCUCUGUGACCUGCUCCGAAGACGCGUCGCGGCCAGACCUGGUGAGAAAUGUGACGCCUUCGGUACCUGAGAAGCGCCGGCGUGAAGCUCCGGAUUUAAUUGAAGUCAAGCCGACCGAAUGGAAAAGACGAGAAGCUCCGAAACCAGCUAAUCAACUCAGGGAAUUAAUAAGAAAAUCCGGUGGAUCUAUUCCGGAUCCUCUUCUCGUCCCACGAGAUCGGCUGUCGAGUCUAGCUGCCGCGCCGGCGAUAGAAAUACCCAGGUUGCUUAUCACCAGGCCAGAGUUAAGACUUCCUGAGGCUUUGUCUCAUCCUGAACUUCUAUCCGAUCCCGAUAUAUUAGUAAUCUCACUGUCGCAUCUCCAGCAAGUGUUGGAUGCUGUUCCUGAUUCCCGUUACCGUGUGCCAGAAGAUAAAAAUUUUAAGUCUGAUAAUCGUUAUCAGCAGGGGUACCAGCAGCAACUUUACAACCACCAGCAUAGUUACAGUAGUAGUAAUAAUAAUAAUAAUAAUAAUAAUAAUAAUAAUAAUAAUAAUAAUAACAAAAAUCAAAAUUCCUACUCCUUGCUACCGACUAAUUCUGAGAAGAAAAGAUUGUCUUGCAAGCCAAUAGGAAGUCUGAUGCCAGCACCAAUGGACUUGUCCCGACACUCGUCCUCGUCUGUAACUCCAGGCCAAAAUUCCAUUCUGAGGGUACGGAGUGGCCUUCUCAGACAGGAAUCUGAAGUAACAUCAACAGCACGAAUUCCUGGGGACGAUUCACGUUUAUGGCAUCCACUUUUUGGCUGCAGGUAUUAUUAUUAUUCAUUAUCAUUACUACAACUAAUUACAGUAAUUACAGGUCUUUCCAUAUGUUUAUACAAUAAUUUACAAAGUAUAUUGCUAUAA